CUCUGCACUUCCACCUUCAGUGUCUUCACUCAUUAAAGGCGUGGGGCAAGUGAGGUCGGGAAUUCGGCCCUCGGAGGGAAUCACCCUCUCGGUCCAACCCCGAGCUCGCCACCCGUGGCCCGAUUGUGCAGGGAAAUGGUUUCCAAGGCGACUGCAAGUGGUGGGCGGGGCCUCGGAGCGGAGUGCUGGGCUGGGGCUGGGGCAGGCCCCUUCCGCAAGAGGCGGCUGCGUGCGGCGGAGAGGCGGGUUCUGGAGCGCUAGUGGGGCGCGUUCCGCGAGAGGCGGAAGCAGGACCCCGGCACGGCGCUGCUGGAGCUGGGAGCCGCUCACCCGGACUCCGCCGCCUGGUACCGCCGGGAAAGCGUCCCGGUGUGCGGCUGGCUGCAGGAGCCGCAGCCGCCGGAGCCACGCACAGGUUCCCCCGCCCCCUGGCCCUGGGCGCGCCACACCGAGUUCCUACCUCCCCAGAAGCUACUCUGGCCCGGGCCCGCCUCCGCCCCCCGUUCCACAUCUUUCUGCAGGUUCCCGUGUCCUCUGGCGAGGAUUCUCCAAGGCGUCUCACCGAAUGGGCCAGCUCAGAAACGCCAAGAUCCACGUGGAGAGAGCCGUCAAGCAGAAGAAGAUCUUUAUGAUCCAAGGCCGCUACCCAGUGAUCCGGUACCUCCUGCGCCAGAGGGGCUGGGUGGAGAAGAAGAUGGUCCACCAUCUGGGCAUCACCCUGCCAUCACCGCAGAGGGCUUUGGUUAGCUCCGUAAUGGGCGAUAGCGACACCACAGAGGAUGGGACAAAGGCCUCACCAAGCCUGGGCGCUGCAUCCACAGAGGAUGAAGAUGAGGAUGAGGCAUUCCAGCCACCACAGCUGUUCAACUUUGAUGUUGACCUAGAUGGGACACAUGCUCUGAUGUCCCGCAUGGUUCGGCAUGCGAUCCCCUACUUCAUCUGGACCACUCGGCGGGAUGUGCUGGACUGUCGUUUCCUCUCCAAGGAUCAGAUGAUAAACCACUAUGCCCGGGCAGGCUCCUUUACCACAAAGGUGGGUCUGUGUCUCAAUCUCCGGAAUUUGCCGUGGUUUGAUGAGGCUGAUGCUGACUCGUUCUUCCCGCGCUGCUACCGUCUGGGGGCUGAGGAUGACAAGAAGGCCUUCAUAGAGGACUUCUGGCUGACAGCUGCCCGCAACGUUCUCAAGCUGGUGGUAAAGUCUGAAUGGAAGUCAUACUCUAUCCAGGCAGAAGAGGAAGAGAUCCCAGGAGACAAGCAGCCGAAGAAACAGGAGAAAAAGUCAGUGGCAGUGUCCCCAGAGUUUGUGGAUGAGGCUCUGUGUGCCUGUAAGGAGCACCUUAGCAACCUGGCCCACACGGACAUCGACAAGCACCUAGAGGCCCCACUGUACCUCAGCCCUGAGGGCUGGUCCCUCUUCCUCCAGCGCUACUACCAAGUGGUCCAUGAGGGGGCAGAACUCAGGCACCUCGAUACUCAGGUUCAGCAUUGUGAGGACAUCCUGCAGCAGCUGCGGUCUGUGGUGCCCCAGAUAGACAUGGAAGGAGAUCGCAACAUCUGGAUCGUGAAACCGGGAGCCAAGUCCCGUGGACGAGGCAUCAUGUGCAUGGACCACCUGGAAGAGAUGCUGAAGCUGGUGGAUGGCAACCUCAUGAUGAUGAAGGACGGCAAGUGGGUGGUGCAAAAGUAUAUUGAACGGCCCCUGCUCAUCUUUGGCACCAAAUUUGACCUGAGACAGUGGUUCUUGGUGACCGACUGGAACCCACUUACCGUGUGGUUCUACCGUGACAGCUACAUCCGCUUCUCCACUCAGCCCUUUUCUCUGAAAAACCUGGACAACUCGGUGCACCUGUGCAACAACUCCAUCCAGAAGCACCUGGAGAAUUCAUGCCAUCGGCACCCGUUGCUGCCCUCCAACAACAUGUGGUCAAGUCAGAAAUUCCAGGCUCACCUGCAGGAGACGGGGGCCCCAAACGCUUGGUCCACCGUCAUCGUGCCUGGCAUGAAAGCUGCCGUGAUCCAUGCCCUGCAGGCCUCCCAGGACACUGUGCAAUGUCGGAAGGCCAGCUUUGAGCUCUAUGGUGCUGACUUUGUGUUUGGUGAGGAUUUCCAGCCCUGGCUGAUUGAGAUCAAUGCCAGCCCCACCAUGGCACCCUCCACGGCUGUCACUGCCCGGCUCUGUGCUGAUGUGCAAGCUGACACCCUGCGCGUGGUCAUUGACCGGCGGCUGGACCGCAGCUGUGACACAGGAGCCUUCGAGCUCAUCUACAAGCAGCCUGCCGUGGAGGUGCCCCAGUAUGUGGGUAUUCGGCUCCAGGUAGAGGGCUCCACCAUCAAGAAGCCCAUGGCAAUGUGUCACCGGCGGAUAGGGGUCCACCCAACACUCCCUCACCUCCUGACCCAGCGAGGCUCUGGGGAAGGCAAGGACUUGGGGACAUUUGCCCACAGGUCAGCUCCUAGGAAAGUUCCUGGGGCCAGGAGCCUGGGGCACAAUGAGAAGCCAGACUCUGCUGCCACCACCUCAGCCCCUGGGAAGGGGGAGAAAGCCUCUUACCACUUCCCAGGCCUCCACACCAAGGCUCAGCUGCCUUCUCCCGACACGCUCCGACCCCAGGGGCAGGUCCUUAGACUGCAGCACAGCAAGCUGGUGGGCUCUAAGGCCCUGUCGACCACAGCCAAGGCCUCGAUGACUCUACCUACUGCCAAAGUUUUGAUUUCCCUUCCAAAUAACCCUGAGCUCAAGUUGGCAACCAACAUCCUGAAACCAAGAAAGGCUAUUGCUUCCCAGCACCUUCUUGGUCCCUAUCCUGAAAGUGCCUUGUGGCGUCUGCCCCUUGAAGUUGGAACUCCUUCUGGCACCCACAGGAAGAUCAAGGCCAAAGAUGAGGAAAGUCUGAACAAGAAGUGGCUUGCCCAAGAUCACGUGGCAGUGAGGAGGAACCUGAGACACACAACCAGCACUGCUGACCACUGAGAGUCCCUCCCAAUCCCCAAGCCCAGAGGAAGAGCUGGGCUGGCAGCAGGAUGACAUCUAGUGGGCACUGGAUUUAUAAUAAGAGACACAAGGGGAAGGUGGACCUUGCCUAACCCCAGCCCUUCUCUGGAGGGAGGGAGUCUGUCCCUUCUUCAGUGAGGGGCCAAGGUCACCUAGAAAGAAUAUCUAACAAGCCACAGCCAUUUGCAAGUUUGGUAUGAAUUGUAAUAAAUUGAAUGUUAGCCCCCCCCCCACCACCACCACCAAAAGAUGUCUAUUUGGAACCUGUAGGUAUGACUUUAUUUGGGAAAAGGGUCAUCCUAGAUGUUACUAGUUCAAGAUCUUGAGAUCACCCAGAUCAUCUGGCUAGGCUCUAAAUCCAAUGACAAAUGUCCCUUGUAAAAGUCAGAAGGGAAGACACAUGAGAAGACCAUGUAAAGAUGAAGGCAGAAACUGGUGUGGUUUAUCCACAUGUCAAGGGAUGUCUGAAGCCAUGAGAGAAACUGGAAGAGGCAGGGCAGGAUUCUCCCCUAGAGCUCUCACACCUUGGUUUCACACAUCUGCUCUCUGGAACUGUAAUAGAAUAGGUUUCUGUGGUUUUAAACUAA